CAUAGCCCCAACUCUUAUAAGAGCCAAUCCAGUUCCAACAAAAUGCCUUUUGCUCCCAACACCUCCACGCUUGCGGAAAGUUAUGAGGCCAUCUCUGAACAAUGCCACCACUAGACCAUCGUCAUCCACAGUCCCUCCAUAUUUACCAUUCUGCCACCACUCUGAUUUGCUGUCUCCUAAAACCUCAUGUUUUAUUCCGCUCUUUCCAUCAACCAAAUACCCAACUCUCCAAAACCCAAAAUCCCCUUCAUAUCCCCACCAAGACCCCAGUAUUUCUCCUGCUUUUGGGUCACUGGUAAAAGCAUCAAUGGCCUCUUCAGAACCAUCCGCGGGGGCUGCCACUGAGACCAAACCUUUCUCUGUUCUGUUUGUUUGCUUAGGCAACAUCUGCAGGAGUCCAGCUGCUGAAGGUGUCUUUAGAGAUAUUGUCAAAAAGAAAGGCCUUGACUCCAAGUUUAACAUUGACUCUGCUGGCACCAUUAAUUACCAUGAGGGAAAUUUGUCAGACCCAAGAAUGAGGGCAGCCUCAAAAAGGCGUGGUAUUGAGAUAACGUCUAUUUCAAGGCCAAUCCGGCCAUCUGACUUUAGAGAUUUUGAUCUUAUUCUUGCAAUGGACAAGCAAAAUAGAGAGGAUAUAUUGAAGGCUUUCAAUAGGUGGAAAUUUAGAGAGACACUUCCUGCUGAUGCACAUAAAAAGGUUAGACUGAUGUGCUCUUAUUGUAAGAAACAUGAUGAAACAGAAGUCCCAGAUCCAUACUAUGGCGGACCGCAAGGUUUUGAGAAGGUUUUAGACUUACUUGAAGAUGCGUGUGAAUCAUUACUGGACAACAUCCUGGCAGAAAACAGUGACAUUCGUGGUUCUUAACUUCUACUUAAAAGCUCUGGUUGAUCCAAUCCAGGCCUUGACAUUGGCCUGGAAAAUGUCAAUAUAUACCCACAGUAUCUAUUAUGUGGCUUGAAAAGGGACUUCCAUCCGUUGCCAAUACGUGAAAUUGGAGUUUGUAUGUAUAUUAUUAGUGUGUGUUUGACCUGCCAAAAUGUAUGAAUGAAAAGUAACAUCCGAAUUUGAGCCUUGAGGGAGAGAUUGUUAAAUAACAAUGUUGGAUUUCAUGAUUUACACAGAUUUCUCAAUGGCGGAAAGUCUUGUUCUUGCUGUAACCUGUAUUGUUUCACAAUAUUUAGAUAAAAGCUCAAAUAAAUAAUAGUUCUCAAUGGAGAUCUACUUUUAA